GCCGUCGGGCGGAGGCGCCGCGACGGCGAGCGGGGUGGCGCGCCGCCGUCGCCGUCGCCGUAGGCGGCGGGGCACCGAUCGAGCCACCGACCAGCCUCCGCCCCCGGAGUAGAUGCUCUUAGGCAAGGCAGGGGAGGCGGGGAAAGCGCUCGCCCCACUGCGCGAGGCGGUGGGGAACCCUGGUAGGCGCGGCGGCGUCGGGGGACCACCGGCCGGCGACGCGCCGGUUCAUCGCCGGCAACCACGACGGUGUGCUCAGAAAUAAGAUUGCUGGGGCCAAUGAAAGAGAACAGUCAGUUCCAAUGUGAUAAGAGUGCAGUCAGGGAUUCCUGUGGCUUCAUGACAAAAACCUUCGAGUGAAGACAAGACCCUAGACCGUCUCUCUCUCUCUCUGACCAAGGCUAGCUAGGGAAGGAAGAACAAAAACAGCAUAGGAAGGACAACAUCUUUCUCUGAACUGUGGGAUUAGUACGCCCAAGAACGUGAAGCUAUUACACCGUCAGAUAUAUCAAGAAGAUGCAGGCGGAGCAAGAGCAACUGCGCACAGAAACGGUCAGGCAUGCCUGCUCUCCCUCCUGCUUGUCAUAAAAGGGAAGCCACAAGCUGAAGCCAGAUUGCUAGAAGGUAGUUCUUGAGGACUGAAGCAAGGUAGAAGAACUUGAGCUUCUGGUUCGUGUGGAGCUACUGGGAUAAGUUGGCUGCUGAUUGCUGAAGAUGGGAGAAGCUAGCAGUAGUUCAGGACAUCCAAGGCAGAAUCCUCAUGUUCUUGGCUAUGGCUUCCAUGGAGCUAUGCCCAACUCCUUGCCUUCUGCAAACUUGUUCGAGCAGCAAGGAGGUGCUAACUAUUUUGGAGAACUAGAAGAGGCUCUGAUGCAACAGGUGGCCACACUCAGGAGGACUCAACAAACUGCAACCACCACCUCCACCCUUCAUCAUGGAGACACCACCCCCUUCUCCACCACUGCUACUGCUGCGGCUACAGCUAGGCCUCCUCCUACACUGGACAUCUUCCCAUCCUGGCCUAUGAGGUCUCUCCACACACCCAAGGAGGGUUCAAAUGUGACAGCAGACACAACAGACUCGGAGAGCAGCAGCAAGAACAACAGCAACCAAAAUGCCUCAUCAGACCAGCAUGUGCUAGUAGGAGACAUGGCAGGCCAGUUCGACCAAAUUCCACAGCAGGAACAACACAAGAUGGCAACUAACAGUCCCACUCAUAGCAGCAAGACUGGCAAGGCGCUUGAUCCAAAGACGAUGAGAAGGCUCGCCCAGAACCGAGAAGCAGCACGGAAAAGCCGACUGCGAAAGAAGGCUUACAUCCAGCAGCUUGAAAGCAGCAAGCUGAAGCUUGCUCAGAUGGAACAGGAUAUCCACAGAGCUCGUUCCCAGGGCUUACUGCUUGGAGCUCCAGGUGGAAACACCAGCUCAGGUGCCGCAAUGUUCGACGUCGACUACGCCCGGUGGCUGGAGGAAGACAGCCAGCGCAUGGCUGAACUGCACGGAGGGCUGCACGCACAUCUGCCGGACAGCGACCUCAGAGCCAUCGUCGACGACACGCUAACCCACUACGACCACCUCUUCAACCUCAAGGGCAUGGCGGCCAAGGCCGACGUGUUCCACCUCAUCACCGGGAUGUGGGCGACCCCAGCUGAGCGGUGCUUCCUCUGGAUGGGCGGAUUCCGGCCCUCCGAGCUGCUCAAGACAUUGACACCCCAGCUGGAUCCCCUGACUGAGCAGCAAGUGGUUGGUAUCUGCAAUCUUCAACAGUCAUCGCAACAGGCAGAGGAAGCUCUCUCCCAGGGCUUGGAUCAGCUGCAUCAGUCAUUAGCAGAAACCGUGGCUGGAGGGUCCCCGUUGGAUGACCCCAACGUCGGGAGUUUCAUGGGUCACAUGGCUAUUGCCCUCGGCCAGCUAUCAAAUCUUGAAGGUUUUGUCAUACAGGCUGAUAAUUUGAGGCAGCAGACUAUCCAUCAGAUGCACAGGAUUCUGACAGUCAGGCAGGCAGCUCGAUGUUUCUUGGCCAUUGGAGAGUACCAUAAUCGCCUCCGUGCCCUGAGCUCACUUUGGGCUUCUCGCCCUCGAGAGAUACUGGUGGCAGAUGAAGGCAAUUGUGGAGAGCUAAGCAUUGCAGCACAUCCAUCUGAGAGCCAAUAUUCAGCCUUCUGAAAUCCUGUUUCAAAUGUAUUUUGCAACUAACCUUCAAAGUAGGGAGCAAAAGCUUGUUUUUUAAAUGAAAUCUAGCACUCUAGCAGAUAUGUGAGAAACUCAGAAGAGAGUUGGGAAACAAUGGAAGGCUCCAGCUGCACUAGCAAAAUUUUCAGAUGGAAUGAAUGGGAUUGCAUGAUUUUCAGUUACUGAUCAUAAAGCAAGUAGUUCACGUCCUUUCCUGGAUGAUAUUUUCAGCAUCUCUCCAGUUUUCAGCAAUGCCCAGUUCUACUAGAACUGCUCACAUGACACAGGCACUUGUUCUGUGACCUGAUGUAAUCAAUUAAUCAUGCACACAACAUGAUACCAAACAUCACAUGAUGUUCACAAACAAUUAGCAAACACAAAUACACAAUUAUGUGCAUAUAUGUAACUAGAUCAUCAAAGUACAGUCAGUAAUAUUGAUCGUUCACAACAAGUGAAAUAUACAAAGUAAAUUAAAAGAUGUGUA